CAGCUAUCUCAGUUACCAGCACGUAGCGGCACGGACCUGACGCACACUGAUGCAAUGAUUGUUUACACCACCAGGUUACUAGCAUGUGCCCUGCUAUUAUACCGUAUGAAUGCAGCGAUAAUGGAUGUUCAGGCAUCCGUAGAAAAUGUAGCCGAGCUUGUCAACGGAGCUGAAGUGAUAGGCAAAAGAUCAGCAUCACUGGAUCAUGUGCUCACGAAGCGAUUAAGCGCAUUCAAACGGAGUGUGGAUGAAUCCAUACGCGAUCAGCUUUUGCUACACAAAAGAGCGGUGGGACAUGCGGUAGAUGAUGAGACAGAAGCAGGAGGCCACAGCAUAGCUAAAAGGGAUGUGCCGCUGUCAUUGUACAGAGAUCAGAGAAGUUACUUCCAGCUACACGCGAUCACGGUGACUGAGACCAUGGCCGUCGCUAACAUACACGACAUAGCGCCGCUGAGUGGAUUUGAUGUUCCUUCCGAUCAAGUCAUCAAUAUAGGCAAUAGCGACUUCUCUAUUCAUGGCUGCGUGUUGGAGAAUCUAAGCAAGGUCCUGGUCGACGUUCACAGCAAUGCUGAUGACAUCGAACCAUUUUACAUGUCGGGUCAGGCGUAUGUCGCCGUAGCUAAGAACGAUGGGACUGGAUCACCAAUAUACACCCAUGUUGAUAACGAGUGGUUGCUGGUGCAGCGUCUUCGACAAGUAAAGGCAUCACAGAUAAAGUCAUUCAUAUUCCAUGGUGUGACACAUCUCGCCGUUGCGACAUAUGCUGCUGAAAUCAACGGAGAGUUGGAUGUAGAAGCUUACAGCUUCAUAUACCGGUGGGAAGAUGUUGCGUUUAACAGCGCCUACAGAGUGAAGACCAGCGGUGCGACAGACAUCGAACCUUUUACGAUCUAUGACAAGCAAUAUUUGGCUGUUGCAAAUUAUGUGGACGAUGGAGGAAACGUAGCUAUAGAGUCUGAGAUCUUCGUCUAUGAACCACAUGAGCAGGAUUUCACCAGCUUUCAGAUGCUGCCGACUUACGCUGCCUCCGACAUUGAAUUCUUCCACGUGGAAAUAAAUGGGAAGAAGGAAUUCUUCCUGGCCGUUGCUAAUGAGAUGGAAAUAAUUGACGGAGUUGAAAGUCCGGCUACAUCAGUAAUUUACAAGUAUGUGGAUUACGUGUUCGUUCCAUUCCAAGGCUUCAGUUUAACUAGGGCAGUGAAAGUUAAAGCUUUGCUAACUGACACUAACACUAUUCUUCUGGCGUUUGCGGACCGGAUCGAGGGCUUGAGACUGUACGAAUAUAAUGGAUGGAGAUUCACUUUGACCCAACAGCAGAUAACGGCACCACCUACAAAUACCCAACUGGUUAAUAUAGCCUUAAUCCAGGCGUUUACGACAAGUGAUACUGCGGAGCUUCACAUUGCUGGCGUCUACAGAGAUGUCACUCACAGUGGCGGUCUGUCACACACCUAUAAAUUGAACUUUAACAAGACUUCCCCGAUUGAGGACAUGUACGACGUCUAUCAAACAAGGUGUGAUACUUUGACGUCAAGGUGGGAUACAAUCAACUCGGCUUACAAGAACCUCGAAGGCGAAUUUCAUACUACGAAUCUUGCACUGAGCACCGAUGAUCCCAUAAUUUUUACUGGCAGCCUGGCAUUCCAAGGAGAUAUAGUGGUCAGCCCUGACAGUGUCGUGACUGCACCCUUAAUAGAAUCCAACGUACUUCAUUUCGACGAAAGCGAAUUUGAUACUUUCCCUGGCAUGAUGGAAGACAUCGUUACCACAAAUAGCAGUUUGGACGCAGUUAAAGCAGUCAUAGAUAGGAGCCUGCGAACUGAUGGGACCACGCAAACUAUCGCUGGUGCAGUGCAGUUUCAAGCUGUUAACGCGAAUGCAGGAGUUUCUGUGCAAGGUGACAUUUAUGCCCCAGCCAUCAAUACUAAUGUUGACAUCGAGCGUCUUAGUGAAAUUGCUGUGUAUGCUACAGGAGUUGAACAGCAGGACUUCAACAUGGACAUGAACUUCAGCGAUAUCCAGUUUGACGCUGCUGUUACUGCCUCUGGAACACUGGACACUAUUGCACAAGACAGAAUCGCAUGGAUCGAUGGUUCAGUGAUGAAUAUUACAGCAGAUAAAAUAAUCCUAGCGGACCUCGACUUUGGAGGUGGGCUCACAGUGGAUGGAACUGUAGAUAGUAGAAUGAUCUCUUCCAACGAUAUUCUGAUGACCUCUGGAGAACAACACGUGACCGGUCAACUGGAAUUUAUUGACACCACCUUGACUGCUACUGCAAUGACAGUUGACGGGACCGUUGAUGGUGUGAACGUCACCGACUUGAUAACCGACGCAGUGUAUUACAAUGUCUCCACAACAUUCACAGGUUAUAAAACAUUUAGCAGUGCAGCGACGCUCACCAAUCUUGAGGUUCCACUGCCAGGCCUGAUAGAUGGAGUUGACAUCGUUGAUCUUGACACGAGUGCUUUUCGUCUUGCUGGAUCACAAACCAUUACAGCAUCCAUGGGCUUCAGUGACAUCGACCUGGAUUCAGGUUUAACCUUGGCAAGUGGUUACACCCUAGCCGGUCUUGAUCCAGCACACGUUGUAUUGUUAAACUCAACCCUGCAAACCAUAACUGGCGCAAAGACUUUCAACGCAUCCCAGCAAUUUGGUGUGCUUAACAUGGUGGCUGGGAAGUCUAUCGAUGGCAUCGAUAUCCUUGACACUAACAAACCAGACCUUCUGCUGUCCGGUGAAGCUCAGUCCGUUUCUGGAAGCAAGACAUUCUCUAGUGACCUUCAUAUUGGCAGUUCGACAGCAGGAACUAUCAACGACGUAAAUCUUCAACAAAUGAGCAGCUCUGCUCUUAAAACAGUCGGCAACCAGAUAAUCCCAGGAGAGAAGACCUUUAGUAAUGUGACAUUCAGUUCCCCAAUCACUGUUGGUGGCAAGGUUGAUGAUGUUAGCCUGUCGUUGUGGUCGAGUACCUCCAUUUCUCUAAGUUCGACCAGCAUCAGUGUUGCACUCACAUUUACUCAGGACAUGCUGACGGUGGCUGGAAAUCUUCAAGUGACGGGAGACGUGAACGGUGCUACCGUGCCCCAAAGCUUCCUAAGGACUAUGUCGCACGUUGACACCCAAGUGUCCGGUCUGAAGAACUUCACCAAUGGUGUCCGGUUGGACAACAAUCUCAUGGUUACUGGAACUGUCGGUGACAUAGAUCUGUCACAAUUCGUCGCAGAUUCACUUCUAAAGGACACGGCAAUGGUUGUUAUGGGAAAAAAGACAUUCACUUCAGAGAGUACCACAUUCGGCAACUUGACGGUCACUGGGGCGGUCAACGCCUUGACCAUGCCAUCACACGUGGUGCAGCUAUCCACAAACGAGUUUCUCCCAAGUGCAUUCGUCUUCAACGACAUGGUUGCAGAAGCAGGCGUGACCGUCAGCACAUUGACUCUCGGUGGUCUGCUAAACGGAGAGGACCCAAUGACCUUGAAAACUGACACGUUAUACCAGAGUCCUUCUAUUGCUGGCUCCUCGCAAACAGUGACUGGAGCGAAGGUUAUCAGACAUGACCUGCAGUUCCAGGGUACCAUCACAUGUGAUCUAGUUGAUGGUGUAAACCUUAGUUUGCUAGAAGCAGACGCUGUGUUUAACAAUCAAGCUUCAACGGUCACUGGUGAGAAAAUCUUUAGCGACACGACUACCAUCGAAUCUUGGACAUCCACAGGUCUUGUUGAUGGUGAAAACAUCACUGAGUGGGAUACUAGGAUCAUGCAGCAGGGUAGAACACAGACUGUAACUGCAGCAACCACGUUUGAACAUGUCACCGCUCCCAACGUGGUCACAGCUGAUGGCACGAUAAAUGGUGUCGAUGCCCGAGUCCUGAAUGCGGAAGCUGUGAGACUGACAGGUGGUUCCAUUAUUUAUGGCCCAGUUACAUUCCUUAACCUGACUGCCACGGAUGUCACACUAGCUGCAUCUAAAACUGUCGAUACCGUUGACCUGAGUGAGGAGAACGUUGAUACCACAAUUGCUGUUACCAUCACCGGAUUAAAAACCUUCACUGCAAAUCAGACCGUGGGAAACCUCACAGUAACUGGAUAUGUGGAUGGAGUGAACAUUGCUCAGCUCUACGAGGAUGCGGCUAGAACACAGGGCGCCACAUUAUCAGCGCAUACACUCUUCACUGGUGGAGUAGACUUUCAGGAUGUCUUGAUAACGAGUUUGCUGGGAACAGUGGACAUAGUCAACGUGAACAGCCGUGUUGUGAGAAAGACAGAUAUUGAUCAGAUACUGAGUGGCUUUUAUUUCUUGUCCAAUGCCAACUACACUGGGGACAUUACAGUGAAUGGCUUGAUCGAUGAUGUGAGAGUAGAGACGUUGAAUUCCACCUACGUGAGUGUGACUCAAUCACAGAACAUUGAAGGAGUCGUCACAUUCACUGAUGUCAUUGCUGAAUAUCUCAAUCUAGGCACUCUCGGUGUUGGAGGUCUUGUGGAUGGUGUGAACAUCACAGAUUUCGACAUGACUGUGAUGAGAAUUGUAGGUGAUCAAACCAUAACUGGCAGUCAUACGUAUACAGGUCCCACAGUUCUUGAAGCUGACCUGGUGGUAGGUGGCCUCGUGGAUGGGGUAGAUGUGGCCAACAAUACUGCGCAACAUGGGGCGGACAACGUCUUCACUGGCACGAAAACAUUUAGCCACACAGAUGGCUUCAAUGCGGCAGGAAAUGUGACAUUUGACGAUGGAAAAACUAUGCACGGUGUUGAUGUGUCACAGUGGGCAGAUGAUGGAGUAAAUAUGAACGUGGAUACGGCCAUAGGAGGCGCCAAGACCUUCACUGCUGAUACUGUCACAUUCAGUAAUAAUAUACAAGCGGAUGACAUCGUAGAUGGUUAUAUGGUAGAUGCAGCCACCUUGUUAAUGCUGUCAGGCGAUCAAGAUAUCACAGGCUUGUAUACAUUCUCCACUCUGGUGACGGCUACAGAACUCCAGGUAGCGGGCACCGUUGAUGGCAUGAAUGUAACUUAUGUCGGAGAGAUGGCCCUGCUAAGCAACAAGAACGGCACUCUGCAGACAUUGCUAGAAGAAGUGACGUUCAGCAGCGCACCACUGUUCAACAAUAUACAGAUUAAUGGACUACUAAAUGGUGUUGACAUCACAAGUGAUGUCCAAAUGAUCCUGGAGGAUUACAACCUGUCCUCCAUUAUAGACAGCCUCAACAAUCAGUGCGAAGCCUUGGAGGACAUGUCGGGAGCGCUGAAUGAAUCUGGCAGGAUCAUCAGCUUUGUACGAGGGUUCUCCAGCUAUGCGGACACGCUGCGUAGCUUCACACCAUUCGUAAUGAACGGAGAGCACUACGUCGCAAUGUCCGUCAAGAGCAUCGACUGUGUGGAUUCGAAUAUUCUAAAGUACAACAACAUUAACGACAGCUUCGAAAUAUUCAGCUCUAUACCAGCCGUCGGAGCGGAAGUCAUGGACCAUUUUGAGUUCGAAGACAAUCACUAUCUCGCCGUCACUUUUGCUGCACUAUACAACGACUCCCUCCCUUGCUAUACCAAACGGAGCGCAUUCGGUGGCGAUGCUGCCGUGUCGUAUGUCCAGGUGUAUAAAUACAAUGCCGACACAUUAACAUUUAACCUGUGGCAGAGUCUGGCUGCUACCAUGCCUCUUGGUCUGAAGGCAUUCCCAUGGAAUGGCAAGCAGUGCUUGGCUGUUGCCAAUAACUUCAAUCCAAUUAAUGGGAGUAUGGUCAUUCCCUCUCGACUAUACUGCAUGACAGAUGAAGCUGGAAAGUUCAACGAAACGUGGGAUCUUGAAACCUAUGGCGCGGUUAAGGUGGAUGCAACAUCUAUCGAUGGAAUACUACAUAUCGCAUUUGCAAACAAGUAUCACUCGAGCGUGGGCUACCAGACGCACAGCAUUGUGUACUACUGGAACAACAUAAACGACACUUUUGACGAUUACCAGCUACCGACGAUCAGCUGUGUGGACGCAGUGUUUGUUACGACAGCCACUGGUGUGUUACUGGUGCUCGCCAACUCCCAGGCUGCCAGCACUGGCGUGACCGCAAACACGGAUGUCUACGAAUAUAAUGGAAAUUUGCCAUUUCCAUUUGUGCUGAAGCAGGCAAUAGAUAUUCCUAGCACUGUGGACGUGGAAGCGGCAACCUUAAUGGAUGGAGAGAUAUACAUGUUUGCAGUGAAUGGGGAUUUUGAUCAGAGUAUCCAAGUGUACAAGCUUGGUGGUUCAUCGUACUUCCUCCCAAAUAUGCAGCUGAGUGUCAACUACAAGUGUGUCGGAGUGUCUGUAUUCACGAUCCCAGACGUUGCUAGCUUCAUCGCCGUGGCAGUAGACGGAGACUUCAACGAUAACAUCUUCGUUACUGGGAGCUCGGACUUUCUGAAGGUUGAAACUAAAGGCAAGCCUAUACCAUCUACUUCAUGCGAUGCUCACAAUCUUUUGGAUCUUCUGGAACUACUGCCCAACAACGGAUUUUAGUAUUAUUGAUUUUGUGAUAAAAUUUUAGUACUUACUUACCAGUUAUUUUUAUGUUUAGUAUUUAAGCCUAUGGUAACUACAAAUAUCUGAAAAAAAAAUUAUUUGAGAUUAUAGUAACGAAAGCAUUCUGUUAGCAGCUAAAGUGUAUUACCAUAAUUUAUUUAUAUUAGCAGCUAAAAUGUAUUUCCAUAAUUUAUUUAUAUUAGCAGCUAAAAAGUAUUACCAUAAUUGAUUUAUAUUAGCAGCUAAAAUGUAUUACCAUAAUUUAUUUACACUACUAACUAAGAGUAUAAUUGUGAUUUUAGUACUAUACUUACCAGUUAUUUUUAUGUUUAGUAUUUAAGCCUAUGGUAACUGCAAA